AUGGACGUGAACAGGAAAAACAAACGAGAAGGCACUGAAGUCACCGAGAGACUUAUCACAGAAACAGUAACCACAAGACUAACAUCCUUACCACCAAAAGGCUCCACAAGCAAUGGCUACGCAAAGACAGGCUCUCUGGGCGGCGGGAGCCGAAUGGAGAAACAGAGUCUGAUUCAAGGCAGCAGCAGCAGCUACAUCAAUGCAAGUGGCAGCACCCGGGGUCACGCCUCCACCUCCAGCUACCGGAGAGCUCAUUCUCCUGCCUCCACUCUGCCCAACUCACCAGGCUCAACCUUUGACAGGAAGACUCACACCACUCGCCAUGGAACCUACGAAGGGAGCUCCAGCGGCAACUCCUCCCCAGAGUACCCGCGGAAGGAAUUUGCAUCUUCUGCAACCAGAGGCCGGAGCCAGACCCGAGAGAGCGAGAUCCGAGUUCGACUACAGAGUGCAUCGCCCUCCACCCGAUGGACAGAACUGGAUGAUGUCAAGCGCUUGCUCAAGGGGAGCCGCUCAGCCAGCGUGAGCCCUACCCGCAACUCCUCCAACACCCUCCCCAUCCCCAAGAAAGGCACCGUGGAGACCAAAACGGUGACCGCCAGCUCCCAGUCUGUGUCGGGCACCUAUGACACUGCCAUCCUGGACGCCAACCUUCCACCCCACAUGUGGUCCUCCACCCUGCCAGCCGGCUCGUCCAUGGGGACCUACCACAAUAACAUGACAGCCCAGAGCUCAUCCCUCCUGCACACCAACGCCUACUCUUCAGGAUCCGUGUUUGGGCUUCCCAACAACAUGGCGUCCUGCUCCCCAACUCUGCACCCCGGAAUCAGCACCUGCUCCUCAGUGUUUGGCAUGCAGAACAACCUGGCCCCCAGCUCAGCAGCCCUGUCCCAUGGGACGCUCACCACAUCCACAGCAUAUGGUGUGAAGAAAAACAUGCCCCAGAGUACUACUGUGGUGAGCACCGGAGUGUCCACUUCAGCUGCCAGCAGCACAGCCGUCCAGAACGAGGACCUUCACAAAGACUGCAAGUUCCUGGUCCUGGAGAAAGACAACGUGCCUGCCAAGAAGGAGAUGGAGAUGCUGAUCAUGACCAAGGACAGCGGGAAGGUGUUCACUGGCUCCCCUGCCAGUGUGGCUGCAACUUCUUUUUCAGAUGACACCCUGAAAAAGGAGAAGCAAGCUGCCUACUCAUCCGAUACCCACCUCAUAGCAGAAGCUAACGGAGGCGUGAAGACUGUUUCCUCCAAGGGCAAAGGCACCUCAUCAGAAUCCCACUAUUACAAGCAGGGCAGCGGCAAAGGCGGCGGCGGCGGUGGAGGUGGCAUCGGAGGUGCCGGAGGCAGCGGCAAGGGGGGCGCGUGGGGGGCGGCGCCAGCCUGGUGCCCCUGCGGCUCCUGUUGCAGCUGGUGGAAGUGGCUGCUGGGGCUGCUGCUCACUUGGCUGCUGCUGCUCGGGCUGCUCUUCGGUCUCAUCGCGCUGGCUGAGGAGGUGCGGAAGCUGAAAGCACGCGUGGACGAGCUGGAGAAGCUGCGGAGCAGCAUGCUGUAUUUAGAGGAGAAGGUGGAGAAGAGCAGCAAGGACCAGCUGCAGGGGUCGCGCCCUGGGCUGGGCACCAGCCUGGGGACCACCGGACUGGAUGGCGGCAACCACGAGGCACUCUGGCUCUUCGUCAGGAACAAGCUCAUGACAGAACAGGAAAACGGAAAUCUCCGAGGAAACCCCGGCCCGAAAGGUGACAUGGGAAGUCCAGGCCCUAAAGGAGAUCGAGGGCUCCCAGGGACCCCAGGUAUUCCUGGGCCCUUGGGCCACCCAGGCCCAGAAGGACCGAAGGGACAAAAAGGCAGCGUGGGAGAUCCUGGCAUGGAAGGACCCAUGGGCCAGAGAGGACGAGACGGGCCCAUGGGACCACGUGGGGAACCUGGUCCUCCUGGGUUUGGAGAGAAAGGGGACAGAGGAGUUGCUGGCGGCCCAGGGGUUCCAGGCCCACCUGGAGUCCCGGGUUCUGUGGGUCCAAAAGGUUCCAGCGGUGCUCCUGGCCCCCAGGGGCCCCCAGGCUCUGCGGGUCCCCAAGGGCUCCGAGGUGAAGUGGGACUUCCUGGUGUCAAAGGUGACAAAGGGCCUGUGGGACCACCAGGACCCAAAGGUGACCAUGGCGAGAAAGGACCCCGUGGCCUCACAGGCGAGCCUGGUUUAAGAGGUUUGCCUGGGGCUGUGGGUGAGCCUGGAGCCAAAGGAGCAAUGGGACCCCCCGGCCCGGAUGGACCCCAAGGCCCACGAGGCGAACAAGGCCUUUCAGGGAUGCCUGGAAACCGGGGCGCACCAGGGCCUUCCGGAGACCCAGGAAAGCCAGGUCUCACAGGACCCCAAGGACCUCAGGGCCUGCCCGGCUCUCCCGGCCGCCAAGGAACUAAAGGUGACCCCGGGAGCCCCGGCAGAAUCGUGACCUCAGAGGGAUCAUCGACUCUCACCGUCCCAGGCCCUCCGGGACCUCCAGGAUCCAUGGGACCCCCAGGCCCUCCAGGUGCUCCAGGCCCUGUUGGUCCAGCUGGUCUCCCAGGACAACAAGAGGGUCUUGAUUUACGAGGUCCCCCCGGACCACCAGGACCACGUGGACCACCAGGACCUGCCAUCCCCGGCCCCCCGGGACCCCGAGGCCCAGCAGGAGAAGGCUUGCCCGGGCCUCCAGGCCGACCAGGAUCUUCCCUGAGCAGCUCAGAGACCUUCUUCUCCGGCCCUCCAGGCCCACCUGGACCCCCAGGCCCCAAGGGAGACCAAGGUCCCCCUGGCCCCCGAGGACACCAAGGCGAGCAAGGCCUCCCAGGGUUCUCAUCCUCAGGCUCCAGUUCUCUCGGAUUCAACCUGCAGGGGCCACCAGGCCCGCCUGGCCCUCAGGGACCCAGAGGAGACAAAGGCGAUCCUGGAGUCCCAGGGGCUCCUGGCAUUCCUGGUGGUCUCUCUCAUGGGGGAUCGUCCAGCUCCAUGUUCGUGCAGGGCCCACCAGGCCCCCCGGGACCCCCAGGGCCUCCAGGCUCCCUCAGCAGCUCCAGCCAGGAGCUCCGACGCUACAUCUCCGAUUACAUGCAGAGUGACAGCAUUAGGUCUUACCUCUCUGGAGUUCAGGGUCCCCCUGGCCCGCCUGGACCCCCAGGGCCUGUGACCUCCAUCACGGGGGAGACAUUCGACUACUCGCAGCUGGCCAGCCGGGUCGUGAGCUACUUGCAGUCCUCGGGGUACAGCAUCGGCUCCUCCUCCUCCUCCUCAUCUUCCUUCUCCUCCACCUCAUCCGACGACAUCCUGGCUGCUCUGCAGCGUGACGAUGUACGUCAGUACCUGCGCCAGCUCCUGGGCUCCUCGGGGGCCGGCGGCGGCGGCGACUGGUCCCUCCAGUCCCUGGACUACGGGGAGCUGAGCAGACGCGUCCUCAGCUACAUGUCGAGUUCUGGAGUCAGCAUCGGACUUCCUGGACCCCCGGGGCCCCCUGGCUUGCCAGGAACAUCCUAUGAGGAGCUUAUCUCCUUGCUCCGAGGGUCGGAAUACAGAGGCAUUGUUGGACCCCCGGGACCCCCGGGACCCCCAGGGCUCCCAGGCGGUGCGUGGUCCAGUCUCAGUGCAGAAGAUCUCUCAUCUUACCUGCAAAGCGCCGGCGUGUCGUCCAUCCCAGGCCCCCCGGGCCCGCCAGGUCCCCCUGGCCCCCCCGGACCCCGUGGGCCACAGGGUGUCUCAGGAGCCCUGUCCUCAUACGCGGCUGAGAACAGCGACAGCUUCCGCAGCGAACUCAUCAGCUACCUCACCAGUCCGGAUGUGCGCAGCUUCAUCAUCGGCCCUCCAGGCCCACCGGGGCCCCAGGGUCCCCCGGGCGACAGUCGCCUGGAGUCCCUAGAGAACUCCUACAGCCGCAGCAGCAGGUCGUCCUCCUCCAGUAGCGACUCGUCCUACAGCUCGUCCAUGGGUGUUGGGGGGACCAGCAGCGGCCUCCUGGGCGAUGAGGGCGCCUUGUAUGGCGGCGAGAUGGCCGGGUUCGGGGCCGCCUACCGGGGAGGCUUGGACUACAACAAGCUGGCCGUGCGGGUGUCCGAGAGUCUGCAGCGUCAGGGGCUCCUACAGGGGUUGGCAUACACUGUCCAGGGCCCACCUGGCCGUCCCGGACCUCAGGGCCCCCCUGGCGUCAGCAAAGUCUUCUCUGCCUAUGGCAACGUGACUGCGGAUCUCAUGGACUUUUUCCGAACUUAUGGAGCCAUUCCAGGACCCCCCGGGCAGAAGGGAGAGGUGGGCAGCCGAGGACCCCAAGGUGAGAGGGGCCUUGCAGGGCCACCUGGCCGGCCUGGGCCACCCGGCCCUCGAGGGUACAAGGGAGAAAAAGGGGACAAAGGUGACCAGGUCUACUCUGGGAGAAAACGGAGAAGUAUUGCCCUUAAGCCAUGAGCUGCCCUUGGCAGAACCAGACCCUGGAUCAAUUCUUACAGCAGCCACAGCACUUCCGGCAGAAUCUCUCCAGCGGGGUGGAGGCUUGAGUUUGUCAGUGUCCUCCUGAGACCACACAGAACCCCUGUUUGAGUUUGGAGGGAUAUGCGUAUUUAUCAGAGAGAUUUGAGAACACCUGAAGCAGCUUUACCCGGAAGGCUGAAAAACUGGUUUGUUU